AUGCUCACCGUUAUCAAUGGUGAGCUCAAGGCGGGCCCCGCCCUUUGCGUGUCGGGUCACUGGUCACUGGUCACAGUAUGGCGGUACUGCCCGCCUGGCACUCGGCUCUCAUUAGCAAUGGUGUCCAGAUGCAUGUCUGGUGGCCACAUUUGCCGGGGUUCUCGGAUGUCCGACUUCUCUCCACCCUGUGCCUCUCACUCUCAGCAUCUCCUUGGUCGGUUGUACUGGCCUGCACCAUGGUCUAGGCACCCCGGUCCACCCAACUCUCGCAGCUUGGCAUCGGUGGUCGCCGUCAUCCAGGACAUCAUUUACUUGAUUGUACAAGCUGUGGGAGGCGCAUCCGCUGCGCAUGCUGCCAACAUGAAGACAAGCGCUUCGAUGGCGACCAGCGUGCCUCACCUCAAGCCCCAUACAAAAGCAGCAGCAACAGAGACUUCUGACGUGCAGGAGGAGCAGAUACAACUUGUGCCCGAGCGGUGA